UUCAUGUACAGGCUUUUCUUUGGAUAAGUGUUUUCACUUCUUUUGAAUAAGUUCCUUGGAGGGAAGUUGCUGGGCCACAAGUAACUCUAUGUUUAACCUUCUGAGGAACUGCCAAACUGUUUUCCAAAAGUGGCCGAAACAUCUUGCAUUCUAACCAGUUCCUUUUUCUCCACAUUCUGUCAACACUUGUUCUUUUUUUUUUUUAAUCAUCUCCAUCCUAGUGGGUUUGAAGUAUCUUGUGGUUUUGUCUCUGAGCACCUUUUCAUGUGCAUUCUGGCCACUAUGUCUCCAUCUUCUUUGCAGUAAUGUCCAUGUUUUCUGGCCAUUUUUGAAUUGGAUUGUUGGUCUGCUGAGCUGUAAGCGUGCUUUGUGUAUUUGGGAUACGAGGUCCUUGUUAGAUACGUGAUUUGCAGGUAUUCUGUUUCAUACUGUGGGUUGUCUUUUUGCUUUCUUGGUAGUGUUCUUUGAUGCACAAGAAGUUUUAAUUUUCAUGAAGUACAGUUUAUCUAUUUUUCCUUCUUUUGUUGGUUAGACUUUUACUGUCGUGUCUAAGAAACCAUGGCCAGACUGAAGAUCAGGAAGAUUUGCCCCUUCUUCUAAGAGUUUUAGCUCUUAUAUUUUAGUCAUUGAUCCAUUUUGAGUUAGUUUUUCUCGUAGUGUAGAGUCCAACUUCAUUCUUUUACACGUGGAUGUCCAGUUUUUCCCAGCACCGUUUUUUGAAAAGGCCGUCCGUUUCCCAUAGGAUGGCCUCGGCAUCCUUGUCAAAAAUCAGUUGACUAUAGAUGUUUCUUUCUGGACUGCCAGUUCUGUCCCGUUCUUCUGUAUAUCUGUCCUCACGCCAGUGCCACGCUGUUUGCUUUACUGUGGCUUGGUAGUAAGUUUGGAAACUGGGUGGUGUGAGUCCUCCAACUUUGUUCAUCUCUUUGAAGACUUUUUUGACUACUUGGGGCCCUUGCAGUUCCGUAUGAAUUUACCAUCGCAAUACUAAGUCUUCCAGUCUGAACACAGCCUGUCUUUCCGCUGAUUUAGGUCUCUCAGCAAUGAGCUGUAGUUUUCAUUGUGCUUUUGGAUGCUGUUGUAAACGGAGCUGUUUUCUUAGUUGCCUUUUCAGAUUGUUCACUGCUGUCGGUUUCUGUCUUUCUGUGUUAUUUUCUUCAUUGCUGUUGGAUUUUGCAUGUUGACCUCGUAUCCUGCAACUUUGCUGGCUUUAUUGGCGUGAAGUUUCACUGUGGCUUCUUGAGGAUUUCUACCUGUAAAAUCAUGCUGACUGCAAGGGGAGAGAGUUCUGAUUCUCUCUUUCCGAUCUGAAUGUCUUUUAUUUCUUUUUCUUGCCCAGUUGCUCUGGCUAGAACUAGUAAUCCCAGAUAACGAUGGUGGAAACGGGCAUUCUUGUUUUGUUCCUGAACUUGGAAGAAGAGCUUCCAUCUUUGACCAUUGAGUGUGAUGUUCGCUGUGGGUUUUUUGUAAAUGCCACACUUCACUUUGUCGUGAAGGGUGCUGAAUUUUUACCAAAUGCUUUUUCUGCAUCAGUUGAGAAGAACAGUGUAGGUUUUAAGCAUGGGGCAGAGGGGUGGGGAUGGUCAUAUUUGUGCUUUAUGAAGUCUCCCUGGCAGUGGGGCACUUGGAGAAUGGAAGGCUUGAGCCAGGGUGACAGUGUUGGGCUUCUGCACAUGGGGGUUAGAGGCCUGAAGUCUAGGGACCUGGGGGCACUUUGCAGGGGAGCAGAGGGAAAGGAGAGGCAGAGGUGGUGGAAGCAGUCAGUGUGGAAGGUGGAGGUUCACUGUGCUCUCACACAUUCUGGUCCUUCUUCCUGGAAUGACAUUUUGCCUCAUCUCUCCUGAUGAACUCUCUUAUCUUUUAAAAGAAAACGGGGGGAGCAACUUAAAUGUAACCUAUUUUGUGACAUCUUUCCUCAGUGUCCUCUGCGACCGUUUCCUUCUCUCGGUGAUGACGGUCAUGGUCGUCACGGGUCCCGGGAUCUAGUUGCCUGUCCCCCUCCCGCGGCCUGUCACUCCCCGAGACAGUGACAGGGCCUGUUCAUUUGUUUAUCUGUCCCUCACAGAGUUUGCUUUGAAUGACAAAAUCCCUACCUUCAAGAAACUGGAAUUCUGAUAGAGGAGCCAAGACAUUCACACACACAACUCGGAAUCAGAGGAUGGCCCUGAGCUUUGUAAUAGCAAAAACCUGAAAUAACAAGAACUAGUGACGGCCGUGGAUCCUAAAAUAAACUGUGCUUUCUUCGGUAGAUAGUCUGUUAUGGAGAAGACUUUCAAACACAUAUACGAACAUAUACAAAUAUAUGUACAUUUGAGAGAAAUUUACCAAAACACUAACAAGAGGUGGAAUUUUUCUCUUUUUUCUUUAACAGUAGUACUUAAACAGUGGUAAUUAUUGCAGAAAAUUCAGAGGACGCAGAUACGCAUCAAGUGUACCGUCCCCACUGCCCUCAGUAGCCCCUGUUAAUAACUUACAGAUCUCGAGGACUUUUCUAUGUGUGCACCGUUUUUUCAUGGUUUUAUUUUUAUGUUUAGAAGAAGGAAUCCUAAGACAGAGUCUUGUGGUAGACUGAGUGGCAGCAGUGCGAUCUGUCCCCACAGUGCUGAGUGAAGGCGGACCCGCUCUGGUUUUGGUAUUUGUUUUAAUAGUGGGGAUGGAUGGCCCUGUAGGAGGAAAACAGAUGCUACAUUCUUGGUCAGUCUGCUGGGUCUUUUUCUUUCUCUAGGCUCCAAGUCUCCCGUAAUUAGGGAGCCACCCUUGCCGUGAGCACCUCACCCAAGAGGUGGAAUCGCACAUGGUUGAGUACCCACUUCAGUUGGGAGCUACAGAGAGGCAGGUCUGAGGUGCCAGGAAAGACAUCUUACUUCCUCAAGACUCUCCUCUGGCAGGGGAGGCUGCCUGGGAGAGCCUGGACCCGGGCCGCACGCGUGCUGUUGGACAGGUUGUCCCCUGGAGAGGAUUAGAGCGGGUUCCAGACUCCUCCCGGGAGAGCCACUUGGGAGGGAAGGACUUUCUAGAUUCAACAAGAUCUAUGAGUUUGAUUAUCACCUGUAUGGCCAGAACGUUACCAUGGUAAUGACUUCCGUUUCUGGACAUCUGCUGGCCCACGAUUUCCAGAUGCAGUUUCGUAAAUGGCAGAGCUGCAAUCCUCUUGUCCUCUUUGAAGCAGGAAUUGAGAAGUACUGCCCGGAGAACUUUGUAGACAUCAAGAAAACUCUGGAGCGGGAGACCCGGCAGUGCCAGGCCCUAGUGAUCUGGACUGACUGUGACCGAGAAGGAGAAAACAUCGGCUUUGAGAUUAUCCACGUGUGCAGGGCCGUGAAGCCCGGCCUGCCGGUGCUGCGAGCACGUUUCUCCGAGAUCACCACCCGCGCCGUCCAGGUGGCCUGCGAGAACCUGACGGAGCCUGACCAGAAAGUCAGCGACGCCGUGGACGUGAGGCAGGAGCUGGACCUGCGGAUCGGGGCCGCCUUCACCAGGUUCCAGACCUUGCGGCUGCAGAAGAUUUUCCCCGCGGUGUUGGCGGAACAACUGGUCAGUUAUGGCAGCUGCCAGUUCCCCACCCUGGGCUUCGUGGUGGAGAGGUUCAAAGCCAUCCAGGCGUUCGUGCCGGAAACCUUCCACAAGAUUAGAGUGACUCACGACCAUGAGGACGGGACGGUGGAGUUCAGCUGGAAGAGGCACCGUCUCUUUAACCACACGGCGUGUCUUGUCCUCUAUCAGCUGUGCAUGGAGGAUCCCAGGGCGACCGUGGUGGAGGUCAGGUCCAAGGCAAAGAGCAAGUGGAGGCCUCAAGCUCUGGACACUGUGGAGCUUGAGAAGCUGGCUUCUCGGAAGUUGAGGAUAAAUGCUAAGGAAACCAUGAGGAUUGCUGAAAGGCUCUACACUCAGGGGUACAUCAGCUAUCCCCGAACUGAAACAAACAUUUUCCCCAAAGACUUAAACUUGACGGUGCUGGUGGAGCAGCAGACCCCGGAUCCGCGCUGGGGGGCCUUUGCCCGGAACAUUCUAGAGCAGGGUGGCCCCACCCCACGCAAUGGGAACAAGUCUGACCAAGCUCACCCUCCCAUCCACCCCACCAAGUACACCGACGGCUUGCAGGGCAACGAGUGGCGGCUGUAUGAGCUCAUCGUCCGCCACUUCCUGGCCUGCUGCUCCCGGGACGCCCAGGGCCAGGAGACCACCGUGGACAUCGACAUCGCGCGCGAGCGCUUCGUGGCCCACGGCCUGGUGAUUCUGGCCCGGAACUACCUGGACGUGUACCCCUACGACCACUGGAGUGACAAGACCCUCCCCGUCUACGAGCAAGGCUCUCGCUUUCAGCCCAGCACCGUGGAGCUGGUGGACGGGGAGACCAGCCCACCGCAGCUGCUCACUGAGGCCGACCUCAUCGCCCUCAUGGAGAAGCACGGCAUCGGCACGGACGCCACGCACGCGGAGCACAUCGAGACCAUCAAGGCCCGGAUGUACGUCGGGCUCACGGCGGACAAGCGCUUCCUCCCUGGGCACCUGGGCAUGGGGCUCGUGGAAGGUUAUGACUCCAUGGGCUACGAGAUGUCCAAGCCUGACCUGCGGGCCGAGCUGGAGGCUGACCUGAAGCUCAUCUGUGAGGGGAAGAAGGACAAGUGUGCCGUCCUGCAGCAGCAGGUCCAGAAGUACAAGCAGGUGUUCAUCGAAGCGGUGGCCAAAGCCGAGAAGUUGGAUGAGGCCUUGUCCCAGUACUUCGGGGAAGCGGCAGCGGCGGCCCAGCAAGAAGCCCUGUACCCGGCUGUGCCAGAGCCUGUCAGGAAGUGCCCGCAGUGCGGCAAGGACAUGGUCCUCAAGACCCGGAGGGGCGGCGGGUUCUACCUCAGCUGCACAGGCUUCCCGGAGUGCCGGUCGGCUGUGUGGUUCCCCGACACCGUGCUGGAGGCCAGCAGGGAUGGGAGUAUGUGUCCCGUGUGUCAGCCGCAGCCCGUUUACAGGUUGAAGUUAAAGUUUAAACGUGGCAGCCUUCCCCCGACCAUGCCUCUGGAGUUUGUUGGCUGCAUCGGCGGCUGUGAUGAGACCUUGAGGGAGGUCCUGGACCUCAGGUUUUCACGGGGGCCCCCCAGAGCCUCCCAGCCAGCCCGCCAGCCCCCCGGCUACCUGCAGGCAAGCCAAGCUCUAAACAGAACGGACAGCAACCAGCCCAGCCACCCCCAGCCUCCCGACACCAGGCCAGCCAGGCCCUCAAGGCCUCUGGCCGGGGCCCUGCUGUCGCCCGCUGCUGGUGGUGACAGCAACUCGGUGACCUGCAACUGUGGCCAGGAGGCGCUGCUGCUCACUGUGCGGAAGGAGGGGCCCAACCAGGGCCGGCAGUUCUACAAGUGUGGCAGCGGGGGCUGCAGCUUCUUCCUGUGGGCCGACAGCGGCCGGCCAGAUGCAGGCGGGCCUCCUUCCUCGGCGCCCAGGCCCUGGGGCGGCCCAGGGAACCCCCCGGCGACGCUUGGCAACAGUGGUGGCGGCGCGUCCUGCCUGUGCAGCCAGCCGGCCGUCACCCGCACGGUGCAGAAGGAUGGGCCCAACAGGGGGCGCCAGUUCCACACGUGCGCCAAGCCCCGGGAGCAGCAGUGCGGCUUCUUCCAGUGGGUGGACGAGAACGUGGCCCCAGGUGAGGCUGCCGGGACUUUGGGAGGCCCAACCUGGUCAGGAGGUGGAGGAAGAACCCAGGGGCCGGAGGCCAGAAGCAAGAGAGCCCGGGCCGGUUCCUUAGACGCGGGGUCCGUGGCCAAGAAGCCCCGGAAAUGCAGCCUUUGUCGCCAGCCUGGGCACACCCGCCCCUUCUGUCCCCAGAACAGAUGAGGCCAGGGUGGGGGCCAGAGAGCCACUUCCUCCACCUGCCCCUUCCAUCUCCAGAAGUGGUGGCUCCUGAAGUCUGGCCUGUAUGCUAAGAAGUCGAGAUCCAGACCACGCUCUUGAGAAGUGGCCCUCUGCCUGGGGCUCAGGAACAGCCGUGGCCCCUGCCGAGAAGUCAUGGAAGCUGCUCCUGUGGUCCCCUGGGGGCUGUGCUGUUAGCGCGUUGGCAAAAGUCAGCGCGCCCAGCAGCUGAGCCUGCAGCCUGGGGCUGGGUGGCCUGCAAGGGGCCUCCCUCCACAGACGUCCCGAGAGGGGACAACGCCAGGCAGUGGCUCUUGUUCUGAAGCUGCGCCCACAGAAGCAGGUUCAUUCCUCUUUAUCUGGGAGCUGCUGCGGCCAGGACGCCCGCAGCUCGUGUGCCUUAAUAAAGGAUUCUGCCCCUUGACCCCAGCGGGUGACAGUGUGGCGUCUGGUGAAUAUUGGCAGGAGCCAUGGGUACGGACGUCACCCAGAGCCUGGCGGCCCUCCCGCCGUCUGCUGGCCCACAUGGCCUCCCUCAGCCCGGCCCCGCUCCCUGUCCACGUGGUCAGCAGUGAGUCCGGCUCUCCCGGCCCCACCGUGGUCCUGUGGGUCAGAGAGGAGCCGGUGUGAGAUUCAGAUCUCUCCACACCGUGCAGAGCCUGCCACACGCCUCAUGUGCCCUCACAAAACCUCGGGAACAAUACGUAGCCAUGUUGGCUUCGUUCUGUGGUUUAGACAACACACAGGAAUAGGCUGUGAGUUGCGCAGUCAUGUUGCUCGUGGGUGAAGCAAUGAACUAUCCUCAGGCCUUGGGACUCCAGGCUCCUACCCUUCCUGGAUACCAGCGCUCCACCCUGGCUGGACAGCAGGAUGCCUGGACUCGCUCCAGGAGCGUCUGGUCGGUGGGUGUGGGUCACGGCCCUGCAGCCCAGCCUGCUCCAUCUCCGUGGUUUCACCCCUUCUGAAUGUUCCGUAUACAUGGAGCCAUAUGGGACGUGGCCCCGUGUCUGCUGCUUCCUCUGGGCGUCAUGUCUUCCAGGGUCACCCCUGUGGUCCUGUGUUCAGUGCUCUGUCCUUUCUAUGACUGAGUGAUGUUCCAUGGUGUGGCUGGACCACAAUUUGUUCAUCUGUUCUUCAGUUGAUGGACACUUGGGCUGUUUCCACCUCCCAGCUGUCAUGAGCAGUGUUGCUAUAAACCUCGUACGAGCGUUUAAA